GGAGGUGCGAAGGACCGGAAAGGGAGGGUCCCAGCGUGCGCGGAGCUCCGACCCAGUCCUGGGUACUGGAGUGUCCGGCCCGGGAGGGAGGGAGGGUUCCCGGGAGGGGAAUCCGGGAAGGUCCCCGCCACCCGCAAUGGGCUCUGCCGACUUGGACGUGACCAUUCAGAUCCCGGAGCCGGUCUCGCACUAUCAGGAAGCAAGUGCAGACCCAGAGAGAAGGGAGCGAGGAGGGAAUCAGCAGCCGGUGGUGAUUCUGCUGGGCUGGGGAGGAUGCACAGACAAAAACCUGUCCAAGUACAGUGCCAUCUACUUCAACAGGGGAUGCAUCGUGAUCCGCUAUACCGCUCCCUGGCAGAUGGCCUUCUUCGCAGAGCCCUUCGGCAUUCCCUCCCUGCGCAGCCCUGCCAAGAAACUUCUGGAAUUGCUCUUUGACUAUGAGAUUGAGAAGAAGCCCCUCCUCUUCCAUGUGUUCAGCAACGGUGGGGUCAUGCUGUACCGCUACGUCAUCGACCUGAUCCACACGCACCGCCAGUUCAGCCACCUCCGGGUGGUGGGCACCAUCUUUGACAGCGCCCCUGGCAACAGCAACUUGGUGGGGGCCGUGCGGGCCCUCUCCACCAUCCUGGACAACGAGCGGCCGGUGCUGCGCAUCUUCCUCCUCCUCACCUUUGCCUUGGCGGCCAUCCUUGUGCGGCUGCUGCUCACCCCGGUCACCGCCAUCUUCCAUGUCAACUACUAUGAGGCGCUCAUGAAGCAGUCAUCACGCUGGCCCGAGCUCUACCUCUACUCCAAGGCCGACCGAAUCAUCCGGGCCUGUGACAUUGAGCACAUGGUGGUGGCCCGGCUGGAGCAGCAGGUGCUGGUGCGGGCCGUGGACUUCUCGGCCUCGGCCCACGUCAGCCACCUGCGGGACUACCCCACCUACUAUACCAGCCUCUGCCUCUCGUUCCUGUACAAUUGUGUGCAUAUGUGAGGGCUCCCCUUGGGUGCCCCCCUGCCCUUUCUGCCCAGAAAUAAAAGUCAGCUCCCCCUCCA